AUGAGCGUUGAAGAGACCAAUGCACCAAGUGGUGUAGAUAAAGAUGGCUUAGACAGAAAGACCUUAUUUAUUAGAUCCGUACCAUUUGACGCUACGUCAGAGGAAUUAUCGGAGUACUUUUCUCAGUUUGCUCCAGUUAAGCAUGCAGUUAUAGUCACAGAUGCCAACAAGGAAUCCAGAGGGUUUGGGUUUGUAUCGUUUGCCAUGGAAGAAGACACGGUGCAGGCUUUGGCUGACUCCAAGAAGACUAAAUUCAAGGGAAGAUUAUUGAGAGUUGACAUUGCGAAGAGAAGAGAUCGUAAGGAUGAUCGUAGUCGUAAGCAAGACGGAGAAGAAGAAGAAGAAGAAGGAGCCAAAGAUCUGAAAGAUGACAAGAAAUCCUCGACUAUAGAAAAGAGAAGAGCAAGAUUAAUUAUUCGUAAUUUACCUUGGUCUUGUAAGAACCCUGAAAAAUUGAAGAAGAUUUUUUCUAAAUAUGGAGCAGUUUUUGAUGCUUAUAUUCCUCGGAAGAAAGGAGGUCAGAUGAGUGGGUUUGCCUUUGUUGUAAUGAAGAAGCUUGCAGCUGCUCAGAAGGCAAUUAAGGAGAGUGUUGGGUUGAAGAUUGACGGCAGAGAAGUGGCUGUUGAUUUUGCAUUAGAGAAGACCAAGUGGGAAGAGCAGAAGGAGGAGGAGGAAGAAGCUCAAGAAGAUGAAGCCGAAGAGAAGGAGGGUGACGAUGAAGAAGCCGAAGAGAAGGAAGAAGUUGAAGCUGAUGGCGAUGGAGUUAAUUCUGAUGACGAUGAAGCUGAUGAUGAUGAAGCUGAUGAUGAGUUUUCCAAAUUGAAUGAUCAUAGUGCUGAACUUGAACCUGAAAUCAAAGAAUCAAGACCUAAAGCAAAUAAGCAAGAAGCAUAUUCUGUUUUUGUUAGAAAUAUACCUUAUGAUGCCGAUAAAGAAUCCCUUAAAGACCAUUUUGAAGAGAAGUUUGGACCAGUUAAAUACGCUUUACCGGUUAUUGAUAAGGCCACUGGAUUAGCUAAAGGUACAGCUUUUGUUACAUUCCUAUCCCAAACUGCAUUUGAAGCAUGUUUAGACAAUGCUCCUACUCAAGCCAGUGGAUCAAUGUUAAUUUCUGAUGAUGUUUCUCCAGCAUAUGUUUACCAUGGAAGAGUGAUGUUUAUCACGUCUACUGUUGAUCGUAAAUCUGCUGAGUAUUUAACCAAUAAGAACACUGAAUUGAGAAAGGAAUUGAUUGGAGGGGGGAAGAUUAGUAAAGGUCAAGACAAGAGAAACUUGUAUCUUUUAAAUGAAGGUAGAAUUACUGAACAAAGCAAGCUUGCACAAUUUGUCAGUAAGAAAGACAUGGAAAUUAGAGACAAAUCUUAUCAAUUGAGAGUCCAACAAUUGAAUAAGAAUCCAUCACUUCAUUUGUCUAUGACCAGAUUGGCUAUUCGGAACAUUCCUCGGGCCAUGAAUGCCAAGGCACUUAAAGCGUUGGGAAGAAAGGCUGUGGUUCAAUUUGCUACUGAAGUCAAGGAAGAAAAGAGACAUGCCUUGACUAAGGAGGAGAUUUCUCGUUCAACUGCCUAUAAGCAUUUCAUUGAGGGAACCACGAGCGAAGACCCUAACACCAAAACCGCAGGUACUGCCACUGGUGGUGACAAGAAGAAAACAAAGCAUACUGGUGUGGUUAGACAAUCCAAGAUUGUUAUGGAAGUUAAAGGUUCGGGAGAACAAGGUAGAAGUAGAGGAUAUGGGUUCAUUGAAUAUAGAGACCAUAAGUCCGCCUUGAUGGGUUUAAGAUGGUUGAAUGCUCAUGAGGUGACCCAAGCGGAGAUAAUAGAGGGAUUAACUGAUGAGGAAAAGAAGUUGGCUGAAUUGGAAGGUAUAAAUAAGAAGAGAUUGAUUGUUGAGUUUGCUGUUGAGAAUGCCCAGGUUGUCAAGAGAAGAAUGGAAAGAGUUAAGAUGUCUAAGACCAAACGUCAUAGUGAAUACAAGAGAAAGAGAAGUGGAGAGGACGGAGAAGAAGGUGGAGAUGAGAGAUCAUCUAAAAAGUUCAAAAAGGGUAACCACAAGAAGGGUAACAUGAAUAAAGGAGGAUCUGCUACUGCUACUGCUACCACCAAACCCAAAUCUGGAUUCUCUGAUGAUAUCAAGCAUAUUAUUGGUAAAAAGAGAAAGCAAAGAAAGGGUAAAUAA